GGGAAUGACUUCCCAUAACUAGACUCGUCAACCGGAGUUCAAGAUGGCGAGCAGCGAGCAGCUAAUAUCGCAACUAAUCGAUCAUUAAUAUAACAUCUAAGUCCUCAUACUAUCAUAAACUGUACUCGUUAUGUCAGUAUUUCAAAUCAGCUUCUUAUACCGUCCUAAAGCAGUGGAUAUUCGACACUAGUGUCUAGAGAGAGACUGUGUGUGUUGUUUUUUAGCUUACGUCAAAUAGAAAUAGUUGCUGAUCAGCUUUAUGAAUCUGCUUGGAAUGAUUGGGAAGUUUUCAUUAGUUUGGAGGUCAACAUGUCGCUAAGAGAGUUAAAAGUAUGCCUUCUUGGGGAUACAGGGGUUGGAAAGUCAAGUAUCGUGUGGAGGUUUGUGGAGGAUAGUUUUGAUCCCAACAUCAAUCCCACAAUUGGAGCAUCAUUUAUGACAAAGACUGUGCAGUACCAAAACGAGCUUCACAAAUUCCUCAUCUGGGACACAGCAGGACAAGAAAGGUUUCGUGCCCUGGCUCCCAUGUACUACAGAGGCUCUGCUGCGGCUAUCAUUGUGUAUGACAUCACUAAAGAGGAAUCAUUCCAGACAUUGAAGAAUUGGGUGAAGGAGCUUCGCCAGCAUGGACCACCCAACAUAGUGGUGGCUAUCGCUGGCAACAAAUGCGAUCUCUCCGAUGCCAGAGAGGUGUCAGAGAAGGACGCCAAGGACUACGCUGACUCCAUUCAUGCCAUAUUUGUAGAAACCAGUGCCAAAAAUGCCAUUAACAUCAAUGAGAUCUUCAUUCAGAUAAGUCAGAGGAUCCCAGUUAUAGACGCGGGUGGCGGGUCUGCAGUCAAGGGCUUCAAACUUCGUGGCCAACCAUCAGAGUCAACCAGGGAACGCACUUGCUGUUGACGCAGCCGUAAACAAUUUGUCCAGAUCCUCUCCAGCCUCUUGUUUUAUUUUCGAUUAGUAACCAAUGAUAAUAGCAGAUGAAGAAUGUGAUGUCAUAGGGGAAGUCACGUAACUUCCUUUUGGAGCCAAAAAAGUUACGUUAAGAAUGGAAUGAGAUAUAUAAAGUAGUCUGAAUCCUGAUGCACUUCCUUGAGAAAAGAUGAAAAUGCCCUCAUACAGUCGUUGUACCUUAUCUUGCCUGUUCUUCAGCCCCCUGUUCAAAUGUUUUUGGGGAUCCAUUUCUGUUCUAGAUUACUGCCCAGAGUCAGACAGCAGCUAAAACACCUGCUUAACAGAUCAGAUACUGUCCUGUCUUGCUCUCUUUCUCUCUCGUUCAUUCUCAUCUCUGUGCAACAACCUCUGCAAAACUCUGACAUUUCCAAGUGAAGCUGUUGUCUGUCCGUCUGUACAUUUUAGGAUUUUCAGCACUCCUAAUGCAAGCAACACAGCAUUCUUGUCUCACUAUUUUUGCAAAUUUUUGAUGUGUAUGAUAAAAAAAAAAGUGAAUGGGUGAAUCUCAUGAAAGCUGUCAUAUUCAGGUCAUAAUGUCAGUCAAAUCAAGUGGGAAAAAAUAGGAAAUGAUAUUUUGCAUAAAGUGAAGGUAAAGUCCAUUCUUAGGACUAUUCAGAUGUUUUUCAUUGUGCAACAGUAUAAAAUUAAUUUCAACUGUAAAACAGUAACUAAUAUAGCUGUAUUACAUUAAUGAUAAAUACAGUAUGAAAUUGUGCCUAAUUGUCUUGAAAGUAAUGUAACGAAAAGCUCUUAAAAAUAAUCCUCAUUAUCGCUCCUUUUUUAUUGCAAUUAUGAGUGUAAAAUGACACAACCAUGUUUUCAUGAGGUUUACGCAAACACAAAUUUACUAUUAUUAAUAUCAAUAUAUGUUUUUAUUUCUGUUACGCAGGACCAGACAUGAGGUUGUGAGCACUUGUGUCUUUCCUAUAUUUUGUAUAUGAAAAAAAAAUUAAAAUCAGUGGUAGGACUAAAAAUAUAAAUGAAGAUAACUCUGGGAUUUAGCAAGAGAUGUCUGAGCCUUGGCCAGAAGCCCUAUUUUGAGAUGAGUUUAUGAAGUUUUAUAUGAAGAAUGUGCCAAAUCUUUUUUUGUGACAUAGGAGUUGCAGAUCAAUAGGUGGGUGAUGCUGAUGGCAGCAUGUGUGAGUUCAGCAAAACCUGCUUAUUUAAUCAGGUCGCAAGUCAAGAUAACAGUAGUAACACAUUCUGGGUUGCCAGAUUCUUAGCUACAGAUCCAGCCUGUUCUUGGAUUUACAAACAGUUAGAACAGACUCUUAUGUUUGACGAUAAAUGUCUGUUGUUACCACUUGCAGUGCAUCAUCGUGGCAUUAGAGAAGUUCAACACUCAUGUUUUAAGAUAAAGUUGGCCAGUCUUCUAGAAUACUGACAAGAAUAGCAGAUUGAGAGUGUUAGAUUUGAUAACUUUUCCAACUGUUCACAUGUUUUUCAUAUCAGAAAUUUAAUGUUAGUGGGAAGAGACCAUUGCUGGAAUUCUGUGCACCAAGUGGUGCGAUUUAGGCUUUUGUCCAAGACUUCAUGAAGUGUGCAUUAUGUCCGAAUACUUUCUAAAAUUGCAUUUUAACCGUUUGUGUUAGUUGGCAGUUGUUUGCUUCAGAUCCCUUGCUGUUCCAUUUUAUGACAUUUUUUAUUUUUUACUGGAUUGAGUGAUUUUGUGAGGACUUGCCAAAUGCCCUAAUUGUCUCAUAAACAUUUUUCUUCUUUCUCAUUCUUUCACUGAAUAACUUUUGGCCUGCACAUCCAACAUGCUUUUACUAUCUGGACAGGGAUAAAAAAAGGAGCAUAUCUGGAAACUAGUCUUGGUUCAGAAAGAACAAGACAUUUAGAAGAAAGAAAAGAAGAAGAAAAAAACAGCUAAAGAAAGUAGUUACGCUAUAUUCUGCUUUGAUUUUUUUUCCUGUCACUCAAUUUCUGAGCCUAAAUGUUUUCUUAAGAGGAGCUCUACUGUCAGUUUUGUUGAAGAAAUACACUUAAUUUGGGAGAAAAUGUCUUGCAGAAAACACCUGAGAAACUUCCAUUUAAAAGAUUUGGAUUAAUGUACACACUAUUCGUUCAAGACCAUUAAGAUGAUGUGGUUGAGUGGCUCUUUUUCGAUACAUCAUGUAGAAUUUUCAUUGAAGUUUAUUCAACCAAAAUUGUAUCUUUUACAGUUGUGUCAUAUAUGUGAAUAUAGAAUAAAUACAUUACGAUUUCUUAACUGCAUAUACCCACAAUGGCAAAGUUUUAAGUAUAAAAUGUGCUUAAAAUGUGUUUCAUCUACAUGCACAUCAGUAUAACACAUGACAUCAUCUCUGUUGUUUUUAGAAAUUAGUAUGUGGCUUCUGUAAUUUGUCUUAUGAUGGUACUUUUAAAAUGUGUCAUAUAUUAUCGCAUAUGCUUUUGACACAUAAUAUUGGCAUAUAGGAGUGUUUAGUGAAUCAGAAUGAAUAUUAUGGGCAUCGUCAAAGUCUUACGUUUCUUUUGCCAUCAUUUAUCCUGUAAUUUUAUAUGCAGUGAUGCCAGUGCACCGUAAUGUUUUCAGGAAUUCACAAGUGCAAUAAUAAUACUUUUCCCCUCCAAAAUGUGUGCUGUCAGUAAUAAUAGCUGAGAGAUUUAUAGACUUAUUACAGUAAUUGUAGUUAAUCCAUGAAUUUUAACACAACAAUAUUUUCCUUUAGAAGACAGUGCUUGUUAAAUGGAAAAAAGGGAUUACUUGGAACAAUACUUAGGGGAUAAAAUUGCACUUUUUCAGAAUUGCUGUGUGUCUUUUGCCCUAGUUGAAACAACUUGGAAAAAUUACAGUCCUAAGCCAUUUCUAUUGGUGUUUACACAGAGAAUGACAUUCAAAUUGAUUCUUCCAGUGUCUGUAAUACACCUUACUGUGAAGUAAAAGUAUCUUUCACUCAAACCAGAAUCUUAAACUUUUUUAUUUUCUUUCUGUCAUGUCAAACUAAUUGGAGAAGGAAACAGUUCAACUAAUGUCACGUGUUAUUAAACUCACUGAAGGGCCUUUACAAUGUAUGUAAAUGCAUUACUAGCUCUAAAUGUUGUAGAAUAGCUGUUUUUUGUCUUGUGCAAAGCCUGUAAUCCACAGCGAGACCAAACGUCUCAUUUAGUCCAGCUGAAGUUCUUGACUUCUUAGCCAAUUGAAAAGGACUUGCUGAAUUGCUUGUCCUUUUGCUAGGGAGCACAGGCUUUGCAUUAAUGCCUUUGAGGGGAACUACAUGCUACACUUGAGUCAGACAGUAUAUGAAUGCUGUCUGGUGUGGUUUGCAGUGGUGUUUAGGUUGAAGAACAAUGCCAACAAUCUUGGGCUGGCCCUAAGAAAGUUGUGAAAUUCUGCUUAUGUACUUUACGUCCUUGUAUAUACCACACAUAGAUGAAUUGUGUAAAUUAAUUGAUAUGUAGUCUUUCAAUGUCAUACUUACCAUUGUAAUUCAGUAUAUACAAAAGUAAUUUAACCCAAUCAUUAAGUGUUCUUGCUAUUUAGCUUUUCUCUUUUAUUAUUUUGUCAUGCAAUUAAGGCUUGAAAAUAACAUUUUAUUUGUUCAUUUGUGAAUGUGCUAAAGGGAAAUGUUGAGCUUUUUAUUAGUAAUAAAAUUAUACAAAAUCUGCUU